CUAGGCAUGCAGACUGCUUCUACAAACAUUUGUGAAAGAAUGGGUCACUCUCAGGAGCUUAAUGAAUUCAAGCGUGGUACCGUGAUAGAUUGCCACCUGUGCAAUAAGUCCAUCUGUGAAAUUUCCUUGCUACUAAAUAUUCCACAUUCAACUAUUAGUAGUAUUAUAACAAAGUGUAAGCAACUGGGAACAACAGCAGCUCAGUCAUGAAGUCACUGGACUCUAGAGCAGUGAAGACAUGUUCUCUGGAGUGACAAAGCAUGUUUUUCUGGCUGGAAAACUGAUGUCUGGGUUUGGCGGUUGCCAGGAAAACAGUACUUGUCUGGCUGCAUUGUGCCAAGUGUAA